GGCCGUGACUUCUCCUUCGAUGACUGCGGCCGGGCCUUCACCUGCCUGCCCGUGGAGGAGCCCACUGCCUCGGCUGAAGCUCUGGUCUGCAACCUGGACAGUCUGCUGGGGACCAUGACACACCGGGUCUGUGUGGCCAGCGGGAUGGGGGCUCUCCGGGUUUGUGCACUGCCCCAGCGGUCACUGGUCUCUGUUCCUCCCUCAGGGAUAGACUGGAACGGCUUCCAGGGUGUCAGAGUGAUUGCGGUGCCCGGGAGCCAGGCGUAUGCCAGGAACCACGGGGUUUACCUCACUGAUGAACAGGGGCUGGUGCGUGACAUCAUCUACAAAGGCACAGAGGCACAGAUCCAGCAGUGUGCAGGGCCUGAUGGCACCGUCCCGCUGGUCUGUGGGGUGGUUUUCUUCUCCUCGGAUGCUGCCGAGCAGCUUCUGGCCACCCAUGUCAUCCCUCCUCUGGACGCCUGCACCUACCUGGGGCUGGACUCGGGGGCACCACCCAUCCAGCUCUCCCUCUUCUUCGACAUUGUGCUGUGCAUGGCAGGGGGGGUGACAGAGGAGGAUUUUGUGAAGGGUGGUGGUGACAGCAGCGUGAGGAACGCCCGCUCCGUGCUGUGGGCAGCUCUCCACGCUUUCCCUCUUAGCAUGGCCUGCAUCCCCAAUGCGUCCUACGACUACCUGAGUGCCUCUGCGAGCGAGCACAUCCGCAGCCUGACGCUGCUACCCAGCUCUGCCAGCCACCUCUGCUUCUGCAGAACCGCCCAUUCCCACGUGGACCAACCCUGUCUCCUGGAGGACGGCUCUUCGGUCACCAACUGCCUGCUGGAAGGAGCUGUGAGGCUGGCAGCUGGCAGUGUCAUCCAGCACUGUCACCUCCAGGGUCCCCUGGAGAUCGGUCCCGGCUGCCUCCUCUCAGGCCUCACCGUUGGCUCCUCGCUGGCACUGCAGGGCUGUCCCCUGCGUGACAUCGUCCUGCAGGGCCACCACGUCCGUCUGCGCGACCUGCCCUGCCGCGUGUUCACGCUCACUGGCCGCCUGGACGACUGGCAGAGCCCUGCCGGAGAGGCCACCUACCUGAACCUCCCCGGGGUGGUGCUGAUGGACUCUCCCUCCAUCAGGGAAGGGGACCUUUGGGAUGCUGAGAUGCCACAGAAGAGCCGCUGCCUGCUUAGUGCCCG